GGUAAGUAGACAGAGUAAAUAAAACAGAGCGAACGCGCGUGCUUGUAAGGUGCAGGGCUGGCACUGCUGUGACGUCAUCAAGUAGCGACGACAAAACAGAGGCGCACGAGAGUCUUGAAUCUUUUGAGCAGUAAACUGGAGAACUAACGGGAUGAGAGGCCGUUGCUGCGGAGUGAGCUGACUUUUAAACGUAUCACACAGAGGCAGAAAGAGCAAAGAAGCAGCAGUUGCCAUUUAUUGUAACGCAAAGAUGGACGUGAAAGUGGAGACGUGUGAAGCUGACAUAAAUACCAUGGAGAUAAUGACUGUAAGUGUUAAGGAUGAGGAUUGUGGCAGGGGGUUUGCCCAGCCUAAACAGGGCAUUCUCUGCAUAAAGGACGAGGAUUAUGAACUGGGGUCAGUGUGCAUUAAAGAAGAAGUAGAGGAGAUGUCUGUCAGCACUGAGACGCACAAACCUAAAAGUGUGAAGCCUUUCGACGUCAGGCUGAGGUCUGAAUCUUUAGCGUCUGACAGGAAGACGACUGAGGAGAUUCCAUCUACUGGGCCCGAAGAAGAUCAAGCAUCACCUACACAUCAGUCUGAAGAAAAUUUACAAGACACUGGUGCCAUCUGCUUAUCUUCAUUUCCUCUCACAUCUCUGCAGUGUAUAGCAAAACAAACGCAGCAAAAUGAAAAUAUGAAGAUAUUAAUAUCAGGAUCACAGCUUUUGACCCCAACCACUUUGCACUGGAGUUCGCUGCCUGAUUUGAAGCUAAGCAGGACAGAUAACACGAGCACUCAACCACAGAGGUACAAUUCGAAUUCUUCCACUUUGUUGUUUUUAGAAGAGCAGAGAGAAAGGUUUAAACAGAAAUGUAAAUCGAAUGAUAAGCAGAACAGUUCUACAGGAAUGAAGCCGCCUUGCUGUUCUGAACUUGGUGAACAAUUUGGUAAAGAUGGCAGUCCUCAGUUACACACAAAGAUUCCCACUGGUCAGAAGGCAUAUCACUGUUACGAAUGUGGAAAAGAAUUCACCACCAGUAGCUCUCUUAAGCGGCACACAAGAAUUCACACUGGAGAGAAGCCAUAUUGCUGUUCUGAAUGUGGAAAGGAAUUCACUGCCAGUGGAACUCUUAAGCAGCACACACGAAUCCACACGGGCGAGAAACCAUUUUGUUGUUCUGAGUGUGGUAAACAAUUUGUUAACAAUAGCAGUCUGCAGUUACACACAAGAACUCACACGGGUCAGAAGGCAUAUUGCUGCUAUAAAUGUGGAAAGAAAUUCACCACCAGUGGUUCCCUUAAGCGGCAUACGAGGAUUCACACCGGAGAGAAGCCAUAUUGCUGUUUUGAAUGUGGGAAAGAAUUCACCACCAGUGGAAUUCUUAAGCGGCAUAUAAGAAUUCACACUGGAGAGAAGCCGUAUUGCUGCUCUGAGUGUGGAAAGGAAUUCACCACUAGUGGUACUCUUAAGCGGCACAGGAGAAUUCACACUGGACAUAAACCAUUUUGCUGUUCUGAAUGUGGCAAACACUUUGUUAACAGUAGCAAUUUUCAAUUACACAAAAGAAUUCACACUGGAAAUAAGCCGUAUUGCUGUUCCGAAUGUGGGAAACAAUUCUUACAAAUUGGCCACCUUCAGACACACGCAAGAAUUCACACUGGACAGAAGCCAUACUGCUGUUCUGAAUGUGGAAAAGAAUUCUCACAAAUAGGCCACCUUCAGAAGCACACAUUAAUACAUAAUGGAGAGAAACCGCACUUUUGUGCUGAAUGUGGAAAACAAUUCGCCACCAGCGGUACUCUCAAGCAGCACACAAGAAUUCAUAGAGGAGAAAAGUCCGGGAGGUCUCCUGGUCAUCUGGCCCAGACUGUGAGGCGCCGAUGGCAGGGACUUGUCAGACGAAAAUGGUUGUCAGGCGAAGUCCUCCUCAAGGCUGAAGAGGGUGUUGUCCAGAGGUUCCUCUACCGGCCCCUCAUCCUCUUGGAAGCCCUCAUCAUCGUCAUCUGUAUGAGUCCUAUCCGGAGUGUCGGGAUCCCUGCCCAUCACUUCCUCCAGCACUCGAGCGGUCUGCGAAAACAACAGCACGUCAUCGGGAAUCUCGACGAUGGAGGCUGCUGCAGAGAGAGAGGCGGUGGGGGCAACAGUGGCGGUUUUGGGAAGGGAGGAGGUUGCUGCUGCCUUCGCCUCAUCUCUCCGCCACACAUACAGCUGGAGCGCAUGCAUCUUGGUCCCAACUUUGGUGGUCUGGCGCCAGAGCCAUUUGAUGUAACUGCAUUGGGGUACAACAGCGGGAACGGUAACAGGGCCUCAAACGUCAGGUGUCCGUAUUGGCUGAAGCCGAAGAGCCUCUUGCCCUUGUCGACGACGGAUGGCCUUCUUCAUGUCGGGAAAGAGCCAGGCGUAGGACUCCAGGGCGUUUUUAUCCAACACCUGGCCAUCUUCGCGCUCCCUCAGGUGGGUUGCCAACACCAUGACGGCAUAGCCAAGGUCAUGGGUCAGCAACCAUUUAAAAGUUUGAUCCCGGUACUGUCCAAACUGGAGCUCACUGGCGCUGUGCACCAGCUUGGAGUCCCCGGGGUCACCGCCUGCUGCCCGCACGUGUCUCCUGGCCUGCUUCUUGACCAUCUCGGCCGACUUGACCCUGAACGGCACAGAGCUGCUCAGGCUUUUUGCCUUGGCGACCUGGAUCGCCUCGGCGGAGGCCUUCAGGGUCAGUUCGCCGGAGGUCACGCAGCAGAGAAAGAAAAAGCUGCAGUUUACUGUAACAUCCGGAUGGAUGUGAAAGCAGAGUCAUGUGUGGCAGACACAAAUAUCAUAGAGAAAAGGACCCUAAAUGUUAAGGACGAGGACUGUGAGUGGGAGUCUGUCUGCCCUAAACAGGAGAGUCUGGGCAUUAAGGAAGAGGAGUGUGAAGUGGGGUCACUGGAAAUUAAAGAAGAGACAGAAGAGAAACCUGUCAACAUUGAGAUACACCCAAAUAAAAGUGUGGAGAGUGUCAAGGAAGAAGACCCUCAUUAUGGGUGUCAAGAUGAAUCGGUCAUCACGUUAGUCUCUUCUCAAGGCAGACAUCGCUCAUCUGUCAAUGUGAAGUCUGAAUCUUUACAGUCUGACACAAAGGGAAUUGAGGAAAAUACAUCUGUUAGAACUCAAGAAGAUCAGCCACCACCAAGAAAUAAACCUUACUGCUGUUCUGAAUGUGGCAAACUAUUUUGUCACAAGAGCUCUCUUCAGAAGCACAAAAAAAUUCACACAGGAGAGAAGCCGCACUGCUGUUUGGAAUGUGGCAAACAAUUCUAUGAGAGUAGUAAACUUCAUCGUCACAGAAGGAUUCACACUGGAGAGAAGCCAUAUUGCUGUUUGGAAUGUGGGAAACAGUUUCGUUAUAGUGGUCAUCUUCAGUACCACAAAAGAAUUCACACUGGAGAGAAGCCAUAUUGCUGCAAUGAAUGUGGGAAAUGGUUUCGUUACAGUAGUCAUCUUCAGUGCCAUAAAAGAAUUCACACUGGAGAAAAGCCAUAUUGCUGUUCUGAAUGUGGCAAACGAUUCUUUCACAAGAAAAAUUUUCAGAGUCACAAAAGAAUUCACACUGGAGAGAAACCAUAUUGCUGUUUGGAAUGUGGCAAAAGAUUCUGUAGCAAGAGUAGCCUUCAGAGCCACACUAGAACUCACACUGGAGAAAAACCAUUUUCCUGUUUGGAGUGUGGUAAACAAUACUAUAACAAGAGUUAUCUUAAGAAACACGCUAGGAUUCACACUGGAAAGAAACCUUGAGGUGUGCGUUGGAAGGAGAAGGAAGACGGAGUCAAAAAAUUCACCCACCUAACUGCACAAAUCUUGUAUAGCUCGUAUAAGAUCUAUACUAAAUGUCAUCAUGGCAUAUCUACUAUCUUAGGGCUUGUAAGAGUGGCAGCAUUAGUGCAACAUCUUCAGACUAAAGCUAAAUGGAAGGAGUGAGUUCACAUUAAGGUAAGCAAAAAUACAACAGUUGAAACUGAAGUGUUGCAUACUAAUAUAUGAAGGCUAAACUUCACAAACAGUGGCAUACAGUGAACUGAAACUUCUGACAGAAGCACAAGUUACGGAAAUACAAACAAAAACAUGAAGAAAGGGUUCAGACAGAUUAGUGAAGGAUAACAGUGUCCUUCGGGUUUGUGUCACUGUAGAACUCUUUUAUGUCACCCCCUGGGUUCUUUUCUCAAAAGGAAAUAACAGGAAAUGUCAAAACCAACUACACAGCUAUUACCAGUAAUGUCCAUGUUGUAUGCUGCAUAUUCAUCCACCUGCUUUACACACUGGGGCUGAGUUUUAUUUUUACUCCUUUACUUCAAUCCACUUUACCAACAAUUAGGGACUUCGCAAGAGCAUCCUCUCACACCUUUAAGGACUGUCAGCUAGACAAGGAAUCUAAAGUGUUUUGGCCAUGCUAGUAUCAAUCAGACAGAGACAUCUGAUUUAAAAAUGUAGUUUAUUUGCAACAAGUAAGUGAUAACAUGAA